ACUUCCGGCGGUGCGAUAGCAGCGAAGAUUCACUUUGACUUUUCCCAUCCACUUGCUUGUCUUACAAGGAGACAAUGCUAGUUUUCUGAAGGCCAUUACUUUCGAGACUUCAGUUACUGUUUCGCUCUUCAUACUUCGGCCCACUUUAUCGUUUUUAUUUUACUGUACAUGCCUAGUCUCCCCAUACUAGUAAAGAUUGGAAACCGUAGCUCAAAAACGAUGGCCGCAACUGUGGCAAGGACAGUGCAGCAGGUGGUGAGACCACACAUCCCCUUGAUCAAGUUUCCCACAAGAGGCCCACAAGCAGCAGGACAGGGAGCAGCUCAAAGUUUUGGCAAGCCUGGAAACGUGGAAAGUUUGAUAUCGUCAACUAUGGGAAGUACUGCUGCUGCCAGCAAACCGUCAGCUUCUGUGUCAAAAGGACCAGCUAUUGAGUCAUCGGAGCUUCCCCCCAGGUACAGGAGAAAACAACUCUCUCAGGAGGAAAUAGAAUUUAUUGAGAAAGGAGGCCAAGUCUGACAAACAUGGAACUUUGUUUAGUUUUUGUAAAAGUACAAAGAUGUGUGAUGGGAUCGGGAUUGGUGGUUUUUCAAAGUUUUAUUUGUGAUAAGGGCCUCUUUUCAAUCCCAUGUUACAAGUGAUGUAUGUGUGUGAAUGUACAAGCCGGUGUAUAGGGUUGUUUUUGUAUGUUGUUGUCCAUAAUCCAACUUUUGUUUACAGUACAGUAGAUACCUCAAUAUCUUCAGGUGUUUAAAAAGGUUUCCAUGUCUCAACGCUGGCUAUGUUAUAAAUAAAGAUUAAUAGUAGUCGAGACUGAACAGGAAUUUUUAUUUUUCUGUGGGGUAUGUGUGUGUAUGUGAGGGGGGGGGGGGGUUGAUAGUUAAAUAAUUCUUUAUUUUGUAACACACUUUUUGUCCCUAACUUUAAAAAAUUCAGUCAUUGAAUUCUACAUAAGCCACUUCUAAAACUUUUUAGUUUGAGUAACUGAACAGAGAAAAAUCUUAGAAUUUAACUGUAUCUUAUCUCUAUUAAUGGAAACAAAUUUUACACUUCCACUGGAAUUUUAGUAUUGUUAAAACAGGGCUGAAAAAUUUGUGUUUGUUUGUAAUCUAGCGACUGUUGUUACAUAUCAUAGACUCUAAGCAGCAACUCCAGAUCUGAGUCAUGUUCAUUGUAGCAAAGUGGCUGAAUGGUGAAAAUGUUGAUGAGGAUUUUGUUACUGCUGCCAGCUGUCUGUACAUAAUUCUGAAGAAUGAGGUGAAAAUAUAAUUUCAAGCAUUUGAAACAUGUAGACUUAUUCCUUAUUGCCUUUAUUGAUAGGGUUUAGUUUUGACCUAUAAUCGAUCUAUGCAUGCUAUGUUCUGUAUUCAACUCAAGACAACUAUAUUCACAAUUCACAUACAUUUUUGUGCUGCAGAGGUGCUUGGCCAGUGCAUGUCGUUUGCUAGAAUCUUGAAUUUUGAAUUGGUGCAUAAUCAGAUCUCAGUUUGUGGAGUUGACAUUUCAUGAGUGUCUUCAUGAUCAAUAAAAGGCAAUGAGACAAGUAU